GCGCCUCCUGCCAUUAACACCAGAUCCUAAUCCGCCAUUAAUGCCGCUAACCAGAGCUCGAGAUCAGAGGACGAGAGGUGCGCGCGCGCGGCGCGACCACGACACGCGCCCCCUUUUAUAAGCGCACGCCGCCCACGGCUCGGGUUCUCCUUCCGUCUGCUGCUGUCACUGGCGCCGCGCGUCCGUGAGCUGAGCUCGGCGGCGCGUACGUACGCACCGGCGCACCGGAGGGGAUGCUCACGUGCAUCGCGUGCUCGAAGCAGAAGCUCGCCGGCGGCGUCAGGCCGCCGCUGCACGAGCCGCCGGAGGAUGAGGAUGUCGUCGACGGCGGCGUCGGAGCAGCGACGCCCAGCACGCGGCAUGCUAUCAAGGCGCUCACCGCUCAGAUCAAGGACAUGGCGUUGAAGGCGUCGGGCGCGUACCGGCACUGCAAGCCCUGCGCCGGCUCGUCGGCGGCGGCCUCGCGGCGGCACCACCCGUACCACCACCGCGGCGGCAGCGGCUUCGGGGGCUCGGACGCCGGCUCGGGCUCCGAGCGCUUCCACUACGCGUACCGUCGCGCCGGGAGCUCAGAGGCCUCGACGCCACGGUUGCGCAGCGGCGGCUGCGCUGCCCUGUCAAGCGGGGACGCCACGCUGUCCAUGAGUGCGCGCACCGACUUCCCCGCCGGAGACGAGGAGGAGGACGAUGAGAUGGCGUCAGAAGGCGGUGGCUCUGGCGGCAAGGAGGGGGACGCGAAGGAGUGGGUGGCGCAGGUGGAGCCCGGUGUGCUCAUCACCUUCGUCUCCCUGGCGCAAGGUGGCAACGACCUCAAACGCAUUCGAUUCAGCCGCGAGAUGUUCAACAAAUGGCAAGCACAAAGGUGGUGGGCUGAAAAUUACGACAGAGUUAUGGAGCUUUACAAUGUUCAGAAGUUUAACCAAACUGUUCCUCUCCCUGCUACUCCAAAAUCUGAAGAUGAGAGCUCCAAGGAAGACAGCCCAGUAACACCGCCACUGGACAAGGAGCGACUGCCUCGCACUUUCCACAGACCAAUGUCAGGUGGUGGAGCCAUGGGCUACUCUUCAUCAGAUUCUCUUGAGCAUCACUCAAAUCGCUACAAUAAUGGCCACCACCACCACCACCAUGGACACCAAUGCUGUGACUCAGUGGGGCUGGCAUCAACGCCAAAGUUGUCAAGUAUCAGUGGAGCCAAGACAGAAACCUCAUCGAUGGAUGCAUCAAUGAGGACAAGCUCGUCUCCUGAAGAGGUUGACAGAUCUGGUGAGCUAUCGGUGUCCAUCAGCAAUGCAAGCGACCAAGAGAGGGAGUGGGCAGAGGAAGAUGAGCCUGGUGUAUAUAUUACCAUCCGGGCUUUGCCUGGUGGCAUCAGGGAACUUCGUCGCGUCAGGUUCAGCCGGGAGAUGUUCAGCGAGAUGCAUGCCAGGCUAUGGUGGGAAGAGAACCGAGCGAGGAUACACGAACAGUACCUCUGAGCGGAAACACCCGUCAGAACAACACAGGAAGCUGCUGCUUCAGUUGAGCUGAUCCAUGCUUGUACAUCUGGCACUAACACUUCUUAUCUCUGGGCUGAUUGUGUAUUAUUUCGACCUUUGUUUGGCGUUUCUACUAACCCAGGAUCCCUUUUCCCGGUAAUUUACAUGUUCUUUUAAUCUUUUCACGGUUUUGUCUUUAGUUUGGACAGGAACUUUGUGCGAGCAACUCAGUUACCUCACAAAGGUGUUUUAGCUUAGGAAAAUAAUGUAUCUCUUUGCUCCUGAACAUGUAGUUUCCGGCACGAAAGGUGUUUUUCUAUUGUCAUGGAUAUCUUCAAUUAUACUACUAAUCAGUUGCUUUC